GGCUGUUGUGAUUUUGGCAUCAGAUUCUACCUCACCUCCUACCCUAGCGCCGCAGUCUGACAGAGAUUGCUCACGCCAUAACAGAUUCCGAUAGCAUCCUGAACGGCUCGCUUCACCUCGCCCCCAAACUCGCAGAGGGCGCAGCGUUUCCUCCCCCCAUUUUCGUCGCAUCUCUGCGCAGGGCUUGUGCUUCAUUCUUCUGGUAGGUCAGCUUGGUCUUUGCAGAGAUGGGGAGUGCAGUUUCCAUCUGCCUGGAGCCGAUCAAGCGCCGGCGAGUAGAGAAGGACCUCGACAACAAGGUGGCGGAGGCGCUCCGGGAGAGGGUCAGGUCGAGGAAGAGGACGUUCAGGUCGGUGAACAGCAUCACCAUGCGCCUGCCCCGCUUCAAGGAGGGGCUCAGGGACGUCAAGGACGUCUUCGACCACUACGAUGAGGACUCAAACGGGACGAUCGACAACGAGGAGCUGAGGAACUGCCUGAACAAGCUCGAGGUUCAGAUGUCCGAGGAGGAGAUCGACAACGUUCACAGCUACUGCGACAUCGACAGCAGGAACGGGAUUCAGUUCCACGAGUUCGUCGUCCUCCUCUGCCUCAUGUACCUGCUGUUUGGCCCCGAUGUCACACGCCGUGUUUCAGAGUUCGAGUCGGCGAAGCUCAACUACGUCUUCGACGAGCUGAUUGAUGCCUUUUUGUUCUUCGACAAGGACGGGGACGGGAAGGUGAAGAAGAAAGAUGUCACCCGGAGGAUGAACGAGGCGUCUCAUCAGGAGAGGACUCCCAGCCACAUAACCGCACAGCUAUUCAAGAUGGAUCUGAACAGGAAUGGGAAGGUGAACCUGAAAGAGUUUCUCUUCUCCAUGAUCAGAUGGGCAGGUCUCGAAACUGAAGAUGAUGGUAGCAAUGAGACUUCUCCGUAGUGUUUUUCUUUUCGUCUCCCUUUUAACCAGCGACCGAUUGCAACUCCAGCUAAAUUUGAAGGAAAGGGUAAUUUGUGGUGUCAUUUUUCAUU